GUUUAAUAUGGAUAUGUACCAAUUGAUGGUUCCCCUUUUAAGUUUGUCAUAAACAGCAAUAUUAAGGGAAUUUAAGGUAGGUACUGACCGUACUGUAACUACAUAGUACAGUCCUAGUAAGUAGUACAUGUAGUUGACCAAUUGACCUUCUUGGCUUUUCUUGUCUUGACACUCUUUUACACACUAAGCCACUCACAUCUCUACCAAAAUUUAAUAAUCAUGGGGGCCUCUUGGAGCAAAAACCACCUACCGUUGGACGGCAAGACUGUCCUGAUCACCGGAGCCUCCGAUGGCAUGGGCCGCGCCGCCGCCCGCCUCGUCGCCUCCAAAGGCGCCAACGUGAUCCUGGUCGCCCGCAGCGUCGAGAAGCUCGAGGCCGCCCUCGUCGAGCUCAAGGCCGCCGCCCUGCGUCCCGACACCCAGCGCUUCCACUACCUCACCACCGACGUCUCGAAGCCCGACUACGCCGCGCCCCUGUUAGCCAGCGCCGUGGCCUGGAACGACGAUAAGCCCCUCGACGUCGUGUGGUGCGUGGCGGGCACUUCGAGACCGGACUUCUGGAUCGAGGCGCCGCUGUCGCUCACGCGGACGCAGAUGGACAUCAACUUCUGGGGCAGCGCUGAGAUGGCGCACGCGAUCCUGCGCCUGUGGUGCGGCGCCGACGCCCCCGUCGUCCCCGAGCCCAAGCACCUCAUCUUCACCUCCUCCGUGCUCGCCCUCUUCCCCUGCAUCGGCUACGGGCCCUACAACCCGGCCAAGGGCGCCCUGCGCGCCCUCGCCGACACCCUCGCCCAGGAGCUCGAGGUGUACCCGCAGAACGUCAAGGUUCACAUCAUCUACCCGGCCUCGAUCGGCAGCCCCGGCUUCGCGCGCGAGAACAUGACGAAGCCCGAGAUCACGCGCAUCAUCGAGGAAGGGGACCCGGUCUCGACGCCCGACGCCGUGGCCAGCAGCGCGCUCCGCGGGCUUGAGAGCGGCGACUACGCCAUCACCACGGCGCUGCUCGGCCACGUCUUCCGCUGGGGCUCCCUCGGCGGCUCCCCGCGCAACAACUGGCUCCUCGACACCCUCAUGGCCUGCCUGAUCCCGCUCAUCUGGAUCUUCGCGCUGCCCGACGUCUACGGCAAGAUCCGGAAGUACGCCAGGAGCCACGGCCACCCGUCCACCUACCGCGGUAAGGCCAUCGAGGGCUUCGCGGAGCACCAGGAUCCGGCUACCGAUGUAGGUAAGAGCGACUAGAUUAGACCAGGUAUCUGCCUGCCUAGGUACGUAGGACGGCAAAAUGAUAGACGGGGACGAAGGGGAUAGGAUACCUAGUAGGAUAGGAGACCCAUCCAUCCAUGCGCCUACGAAGAAGUUUGUAAUAUACCCCGAUUUUACGCGUGAUGCUUGCUUCAGAGACUUUCAUUAGGUAUCGUUAGGUAGAUUGGACGUGGAGGGGGAAACAAAAAGUAAACUCAUAGAAACCUACAUACCUAACCCAAGUAACCUACCUAGCCUAGGUGGUCUUGCUACAUACAGAGGCUCCCAGGAGAUAAUAAUAUAUGGAUAGCUACCUACCUAAAGACAAACACUUGAUUGACCUUCCCCCCCCCCUCUCUAUUCGUAGCACGAUAUAAUGUAUAUGGUUAGUCUUGG